AUGCCACUGGUUGACGUCCUAGUUCUCUCCUCGGUUCUAUGGGCUGCCUCUUUCUUUGUUGGCCUUCUCCCACUUAUAUUCUCACCCCCACGACACGUCAUCGCGCUCCUUUCAGUGCUGGGGAUGGGGAUACUACUUGGAACAUCUAUGGGCGUUAUUAUUCCUGAAGGGAUAGAGACAAUAUAUGACGAGUACUUCGCUAAAAUUAGAGGAGCGGGCUCCGACUACGUUAUUACUAAACCCCCGGUGCUGACGAUUGCGUUGUCGCUGCUCUCUGGCUUCACAGCGAUGCUGGUCAUUGAGCAGGCGUCCUCCCACUACAUUGACCACGGCAGCGACGAGUCGCAAAUAGCAAUCCCUAUUUCUGGUGAUGCUUUGGAAGAUGAUCUGGAUGCAGAGAUUGCAUUGCUUGAAGGAACGCGAGGGCCUUACGAAAGCAAUGCAUCUGCACCUCUGGACGUUUCACCCAUGGCCUCUCGCCCCGAUCCGAGAUUGAUGACCCUUGGUCUCAUUGUCCACUCUGUGUCGGAUGGGCUUGCAUUUGGUUCGGCUUGUGUUUCAAGGAAUGCGAGUAUCACCAGCCAAACGUCGUCCCGUCAAACUUCGAUUUCUCUGGUAGUGUUUGCUGGAAUCAUCAUUCACAAAGCUCCCGCUUCUCUGGCAUUGAGUACAACACUCUCGUCGUAUGCGUUGUCCGCUCGAGCAAUCCGCAGUCAUAUACUGGCAUUCUCCGCAGCCGCUCCAGCUGGUGCUAUUGUCAGUUAUCUGGUACUGAAUGCUUUGCGUGACAAGAACUCAACAGUCGCCAGUGGGUCCUGGAUCGGCCCAGCUCUGCUGUUUUCGGGCGGGAGUUUCCUCUACGUCGCAACUCUUCUUACACCACUCUCCACUCGUUCAUUUCCAAAGUCCCACAAUCAUGAACUAUCGGAUAUAGAUAUAAAACCCACCACUCGUCUGUUGAUUAUCAUCAUCGGUAUGUUUGCACCCGCCUUACUUGGAGGCAUACUUGGACACGGUCACUACGCGGAAAAUUAG